CUUUCGAGCACACUCCCCUGCUAGCACCACCCGUCCUCAUGCCCCGUAUAGCAGAGAAUGUAGACUAUCAACCGGAAGGACCUGACUCACAUCAACCCUCCAAAAUGUACCUCGAGGAACUCGCUAUCCUCGUUAAAUACUCAAUCCCCGUCUUCGGAACACACGUCUUCGAGUACAGUCUCAUCAUGGCCUCUGUCGUAUCCAUUGGACAUCUCUCCACCAUCUCCCUCGCAGCAGCCACACUCGGCAGUAUGACCGCCAGCGUGUCUGGCUACAGCAUUCUCCAGGGUCUCGCUGCCACGCUUGACACGCUUCUUCCGAGCGCAUGGACUUCCGAUAAGCCCGAGCUUGUCGGCCUUUGGUCGCAGCGCAUGGCCGUGGUUAUGGCCGCAACGCUCAUCCCCGUCUUUGCAAUCUGGUUCAAUGCCGAGUCUCUGCUGCUGCUACUCCGCCAGGAGCCAGAGGUAGCUCAGCUUGCGGGGCUCUACCUCAAAUGGGCUUCCCUUGGUCUCCCUGCUUAUGCGUUCAACCUCAUUUCUCGGCGCUACUUCCAAUGCCAAGGCCUGUUCGCAAUCCCGACCCGUAUCAUCCUCGUCAUCGCCCCAAUCAACGUCCUCCUGAACUACCUUCUCGUAUGGGGACCUCCCGCUCUGCGCCUGGGCUUCAUCGGCGCUCCCAUCGCGACCUCGAUCUCAUUCAACCUCGUCGCGCUCGCCUCGCUUCUGUACGGCGCCCUCUUCGUCGACAGCACGGCGUGGCACCCACUCUCGCGCCGCUCGUUCACCUCCCUCGGGAUACUCGUCCAGCUCGGUCUCUCCAGCGUCGGCCAGGUUGCGAGCGAGUGGUGGUCUUGGGAACUCAUUGGACUUGCUGCUAGUCAACUUGGCCCUGUAUCGCUCGCGGCCCAGUCGGUACUUCUCAUUUCGGCAUCUUGCACAUACCAGGCGCCGUUUGCUUUGAGUGUUGCCACCUCCGUUCGCAUCGGCAACCUUCUCGGUGAGCAAAACGCACGCCGCGCAGGCGUCGCAUCCAACGUAGCGAUCCUUCUCGCCGUGGUCGUGGCUGCCGUUUGGAGCACCCUCUUCCUCGUCUUCCGCACCCACUGGGGCCACCUCUUCAACGACGACCCGCACGUCGUCGAACUCGUCGCCUCCAUUCUCCCGCUCGUCGCCCUCUUCCAGGUCUUCGACGGCACAUCCGGCGUCACCGCCGGCAUCCUCCGCGCGCGCGGCAAGCAGUUCACCGGCGCACUGCUCAACCUCUCCGCGUACUACAUCGUCGGCAUCCCCUUCGGCAUCCUCCUCGCGUUCUCGCCGCGCUUCGACCUCAAGCUGGCUGGUCUGUGGAUCGGCCUGACAGUGUCGCUCGUGUACUGCAGCGUGUUCAGUACAUGGCUGUGCGUGCGCACGGACUGGGAGCGGGAGGUGCGCAAGGUGAUGGACCGGCUGGCAGCUGAGCGGCCGGCUGUCAAGCAGGGCGCGGAGGAGGCUGUGGAAGAGGCUGGUGAAGAGCGCGAUGGGGCGAGGCGCGGAUACGGGACUGUUGGAGGACACUGAAAAGUGUUCCUCUUUGUCCGUCCAAGUCGAUAAAUAUACAGGAGAAAAGAGAAACCCCGAUGGACGGUCACUGAUGUGCCUUCUUUGGCGUAUUCGAUGAUCAUUUCAUUCACAGAAAUGGUCGAGAUCCUAGCAUACCGUAUCUGCACCAUCGUGCUGAUACGCAAAGACAAGGAUGGAACUCAACUUCGUGGACACACCUGCAGCGUUCGUUUGAUUAUACCUAUUCUAUGCCAUGCCUUUGUACAUAGUGUUAUAC